AUGCACUCACUUAUAAGCGCCAGGUCUGCUUUGGCUGUCGCCUUUCUCGCCAUUGUAUUUCCUGUCGUCGCUCGUGCGUUCUCGUCUCCAAUAUACCUCAUCCUCCUUUCUCCUUUGGUCAUACUUUUCGUGGCGCUCUCGUGUUUCAUCGCCAACAUUCUUGUUGGAGUUGCCUUGGACAACCAGCCAACCCAUAGGAACGCGCUUACAUAUGCAGCUAGGCCCCUUGCCUUCUCAACUCCCGCAGCAUGGCAGGCUGUCCUUACUCGUUCUAACUGGUCUCAGAAAACUCCCCAAUCAUUGUCACCGUUGUGCCCUGACCUGCCUGUUGUGUCGUCUACCCUCAACGACCUCAUGAUUUUCGUCGUACGCGACUUCGUGCUCACCUGGUACAAAGACAUAUCAUCAUCCCCUUCCUUUCCUACGGCAGUUUCUUCGGUGCUUCACGAUUCACUUGAGCGGUUUCUGCAGACAACCGCAACCAUUGACCUUUCUGCUCUCCUAGUAAAACGAAUUUUACCCAAAGUCACUGCGCACAUCGAGCAGUUUCGUCAAUCAGAGGUCACGCUUCGCGGUGCAGCUCUGGAACGCCGCCUUACGCAAUCCGAGGAGUUGGAUAUGUUGUUAGCAAGCAGAUACGCAGGCAGGGGCGGCAAACUGCAUCCUGCAGUGGAGAAUCUGUCUUCCACAUUUACGAAACAGAACGAAGAAAUACACCUCAGGACAAUUGCGGAUCGGUUACUCUCGCAUAUUCUUCCAGAACAAGAAGCUCACAGUAAGGCUACGAGAAUAGUUGUCAGAGAAAUCUUGGCAUGUGCAGUGCUUUAUCCGAUCAUGGAUAUGGUCAGCGAUCCUGAUUUCUGGAAUCGGAUGAUUGAGCAAGUGGCAGGUGCCGCAAUACACCAGCAGAAACUCAUCUCUCAAGUAAGAAAUGUCUUGGAAGCACAAUCGCCCCGCCGGCACAGCCGUGUUCCUUCGACAAUUUCACCUGGAGACACCAUCACGAUUAGAACUGACAUGCGACAAUUUGAGUCGUUCCUCCGGAGUAUCAAUCGCUGUUCGUCACUUCUGGAUGCUCGUCGCCUGAAGAAUGAUAUCAUGGGAGAAAUUCGGAGGACGAGGUUACUUCUUGCUAAUCACGAAAAGGAGGAUUGGAUCAGUGGCGAGAAGACUGAAGACGUAGUGGCUUUCCUUGACAGACUUUAUACUGCCAAGCGGACUGUCGAACAACGCAUAGUAGUUCUGGGUGGCGAAGAUUCAAAAUCUGCUGCCUCGCCAGAGUCUGGUUUGCGGACGCAAGUCGCUCUACGCGACGUCUUGAGCAACCCCACAUCACUCUCUUACCUCAUGGAGUUUAUGGAUCGCCGGCACCGCUCGCUCCUGGUCCAGUUUUGGCUAACAGUGGAAAGCUUCAAAAAUCCAUUGGAGUCAAUAGACUCAAGCUCAUCUGGGGAUGAUGAUGAACCCCUACAGGGUUCUUCAAGCUCCUCAACACUCAACGAGGACAUUUCAAUGACUCAUGAUCUGUACUUCUCUGUCACCCCACCCCAUCCUGCCUUAUCAUCCAUCUCCAAGAAGUACAUCGAUAACAUACGCUCCUACGCACAAAGUGAGAUUAUCCCGGGGCCUUUGGAGGAUAAGAAAGUCCGUCGUAGCGUCAUGUUGGCGCAGAGGCAGGUUCAACAGGCGAUGGAACAAGACUUCGAGGACCUUCAGAGAUCCGAGCUAUGGUUCCGAAUAGUGGAGGAUAUCAAUCGGGCUAGUACUAAAUCGCUGGAACCCCCUGCAGGUCGUACCUCGGUACGUUCGAUGUCACCUCCGCCACUGCCAGUGUCACGUCCUCUUGGUAUUGGAUCUGUCCAUAUCUUCCGCUCCGAAUCUUCUCCUUCCCUAAGCUCUGCAGUUCAGCGCGCAGAAAACUCACGGCCGGUCCCACCCGCUACCUCACGAACCAACAUUGAUGUGCUCAUGUCCCCGGUUUCGGAUACAUCAUCAGACACAUCGAGAGCACCUCUCUUCGAUGAUCCAGAAGAUGCACAGAGCGCAGACGAAGCAGAGAGGAUGAAGGCCAUCCAGGCUGCGCUCACGGAUAUCAUUGCCACCGAGCAACUUCCCCACAGUCUCCUCCCUCGAAGCCAGGAUAGAGGCGGGAAUCUCCACCUCAGCACAGCUUCACUCGGAAACAAGAAGGGUAUCUUUGGCGAUGAGGAGGACGAUAUGAUUGACGAAGAAGAUGACGACAGGGCUGAAGGUUCCGUGGAUACGGAACAAGGAACAUUUCAGCUAGCUGGACCUGGAGAUCUCCAGCUCUCAUACGAGAUUGCACGCCUUGGUGAAAAGAUUGCCAAAUUGGAGGCUCACGAUGCCAUGCUUGACACACUUAUAAAGAAAGCAGAGCUAACAGGCGACACCCAAGAACUGCGUUUACUUCAGAGAUCCAAGUCAUCCAUGACCCGCGAACUUCGAGAGUUGCGUUUCCAGAAAACCCAAUAUGAACAGCAAGAAUCUGCAAACCGUCUCAUCUCCCAUCGAACGAAGGUUUCUAUCGUUAGCUCGACAGUGGGAGAAGAGGAGGGAAAAUCCGUGGUGCGGUACCUCAUUGAGGUUCAGCAACUGGCAUCUGACGGAACGUUUGCCUCUGGGUGGGUCGUUGCAAGGAGAUACAACGAGUUUCUGAGGAUGCAUAACAAACUGCGCGAUCGGUACGCGCUUGUCAAGGGUCUCGACUUUCCAGGCAAGCGUCUUGUUACUUCGCUAUCCGGCAGUUUCGUAGACACAAGGAGACAAUCCCUCGAGAAAUAUAUGCAGAAUCUGAUCGCCAUACCUGUCGUCUGCGAAAGCAAUGAUCUUCGCGCCUUUCUCUCCCGCGACUCGCCUUUUAUUGCGUCCGAAGUCCAAGAGGACGUCCGCAAAGGAAUGGCCGGCUUUUCAGGGAAAAACCUUGUUCGAUCAGUUUAUCGCUCAGUCGCAGAGAGCAUUGAUGACAUGUUCUUUGGCCCGUCAAUGUUGGAUGUUAUGAUCCAAAGGCUUACCCGACAAGCCGCAGAAUUUGCUGGCAUAGUCGGAUCUGCGGUUCACGACGAGGACCUCGUUGCUCAAGCCCUGAAAGCCUUUGGGAAGUCUACGUCAGAGGACACGUUCAUGCACAUGUCUAGUGACCUUCGUCCUUUGGAAGGAGAAACUAGCACGUCGACAUUCUCUGCUCCUAUAUGCGACCUUGUCCUUGCUAUCUUUGAGCUCAACAAGAAGAACAACUGGCUCCGGCGGCAGGCAAUUGUGAUCAUCCUCCAGCAAGUACUGGGUGGCACCAUUGAACGGCAAAUUCGACAGAGCAUCAAGUCGUUGUUUGAAGAAAGUCGCAUCAUGCCUGUUUUAACGUUGUUCAAAGACUCCCUUUGGCCGGGUGGUAAGCUGAAACCGUCUGGUCAACCACGGUCAACGGAGGAAAUAAUGCGUAGUCGAGAUGAAGCAAACCGCAAGCUCUCCGCUUUAGUGCCAGACCUUGCUGCAAACAUGAUAGGGCGGUCUAACGCCCGGAGAGGAGCACGCCGAAUAUUUGCUGUCCUGCAAAACCGACGCUUAAACCAGCACAUUGCUUACACCAUCAUGGAUGAGGUUGUCGCUGCCAUAUUUCCUGAGCCCCAAUGA